AUGGCUUCUCCCUCUCCGUCUCUACUCCUGGCAACAGCCCUGACCCUCACUCUGCUCUUCUUCUCAUACUCGGUCAAAUUACCAUUCCACCCCCGCGACCUCCUCCCUCUCCUCCCCAGACAGCUCUCAUGGCCCAUCCUCAACUCCCUCCACGGCGCCGUCGAUCUCCUCCCCACUUUCGUCGGCUCCGCCUCGUCCCCCAACGACACCCUCUCCUGGAAAGGCGCCUGCUUUUACGACAACACGGCUUGGAUGGAGUUCCACAACAAGUCUGGCUCCGAGUUCGGCGGCGGAACUCUUCAUCUCAAGGUGAGCAAGGCUCAUAGUUGGACGUGUAUGGAUAUUUAUGUCUUUGCAACUCCAUAUACUGUCACAUGGGAUUACUAUCUUCUAUCGCGGGAGCACACACUUGAGUUCAAAGAGUGGACAGGGAAAGCUGAGUAUGAAUAUGUUAAAAACAGGGGAGUGUCGAUAUUCCUUAUGCAAGCGGGGAUGUUGGGCACCCUUCAAGCAUUGUGGGAUGUCUUCCCCCUUUUUACAAAUACAGGAUGGGGAGAGCUGUCCAAUAUUGGGUUUCUCAGAAAGCAUAUGGGUGCAACCUUUGAGCAACGUCCCCAACCUUGGGUUACAAAUAUUAGUACUGAUGAUAUCCACUCCGGAGAUUUUCUUGCAAUAUCUAAGAUCCGCGGGAGGUGGGGUGGAUUUGAGACUCUAGAGAAGUGGGUUAGUGGAGCUUACGCUGGUCAUUCUGCAGUUUGUUUAAGGGAUUCCGAAGGAAAGUUGUGGGUUGGUGAAUCCGGAAAUGAAAAUGACCAGGGAGAAGAUGUUAUUGCUAUUCUGCCAUGGGAAGAGUGGUGGGAGUUUGAGGUAAACAAAGAUGAUUCUAAUCCCCACAUUGCAUUGCUUCCCUUGCAUCCCGAUAUUCGAGCGAAGUUUAACGAGACUGCGGCCUGGGAGUAUGCGAGGAGCAUGGAAGGCCGACCGUAUGGUUAUCAUAAUAUGAUAUUCAGCUGGAUAGAUACUGUAGAUGGAAACUAUCCACCCCCUUUGGAUGCUCAUGUGGUUGCUUCUGUUAUGACAGUUUGGGAUCAAAUAAAGCCGACAUAUGCUGCUAACUUGUGGAAUGAAGCCUUGAACAAGCGACUUGAAACUCAGAACCUUAGCUUUCCUGAGAUUCUGGUUGAAGUUGAAAAGCGUGGGUCAUCUUUUGAUCAGUUGCUUACUGUUCCGGAACAAGAUGAUUGGCUGUACAGUGAUGGGAAGUCAACUUCGUGUGUUGCCUUCAUUCUUGAAAUGUAUAAGGAGGCUGGACUUUUUGAUCCGAUUCCAAGCUCAAUCCAAGUUACUGAAUUUACGAUAAAAGAUGCUUACAUGCUCAAGUUCUUUGAAAAUAAUUCGAGCCGCCUACCAAAGUGGUGCAAUGAUGGGGACACUGUGAAGCUUCCGUUCUGUCAGAUUAAAGGAAAAUAUCGAAUGGAGCUACCAGAAUACAACAUUAUGGAACCGUACCCCCAUAUGAAUGAGAGGUGCCCAUCACUGCCGCCCAAGUAUUCAAGAUCGCAGAAUUGCUAAGUCUUCUGUUCCUAACAAAGUGGUGACGUCUAUAGGUGAUGCCAGACCACUUUUUUUUUAUUGUAGUUACAUUAUCUUGUUGGACACUAAGGUAUGAAAGGUGGUGGAUCUGUAAAUAUGGUGAUUAGUCAGGUACAAAUGGGAAGACUCGAGAUAUCCAAUUCUUGUACAAUGUAGAUGGUAAAAAAGAAGAUGAAUCGUAGUGCAAUUUCUCAAAUGAU